AGUGAAACUUCGUAGCAACUUAACUCAAUGGCAGCCUCGUAAUAGGGAUUGUGUAACGCGAUUGAUGAAUUCCAAUUCUAAUUCCAAUUGUGUUCCCUAAUUAUUUCCUCGAUUGGUUGAUCUGCUUUCUGGGCCAUGUUGGUGUCGAUGAGGAGGAUCAUGUUCAGAGGCAUCCACAGUGAGUUGUAGAAUAGAAGCAAAAAGAGAAGUUCUUGGUGGCGAUUUCUUAGAUGGGUCUUCUUCUGUGGGUGUGAGUGGGUGUGAGUUUUGACUGUGUUGGAAAAAGAAGGCUUUUUUUUUUUUCUUUUUAAUGUUAUGAGAGGCAUUAUUCUUGGUGGGUUUUGUGAGGGGUGGCUUUGAUUUGCCUGGAUUUUGAUAUGGGUGGGUGUUUUCCUUGUUUUGGAUCAUCCAACAAGGAGGGCAGUGGUGGUGGGGUGAGGGUCAAGGAGGUUCCCAACAAAGAUUCUUCUUUUAAGGAAGCUGCUUCUGUUGUUCCUCAGUCUCACCUCCCCAGCAGGGUUAACUCAGAUAAAUCAAAAUCACGAAAUGGCGCUGAUAUUAAGAAGGACACACCGGUUCCAAAGGAUGGCCCAACGGCCCAUAUUGCUGCACAAACAUUUACAUUCCGAGAGCUUGCAGCUGCUACAAAGAACUUUAGACCAGAAUGUUUAUUAGGCGAAGGAGGUUUUGGGCGUGUUUACAAAGGUCGCCUUGAGAGCACAGGGCAAGUAGUUGCUGUAAAACAGCUUGACCGAAAUGGUCUUCAAGGAAAUCGAGAGUUUUUGGUGGAAGUUCUUAUGCUCAGUCUCUUGCAUCAUCCAAAUCUUGUGAACUUAAUUGGUUAUUGUGCUGAUGGUGAUCAGCGGCUGCUUGUUUAUGAAUUCAUGCCAUUGGGAUCUUUGGAGGAUCAUUUACAUGAUCUUCCUCCAGACAAGGAGCCUCUGGACUGGAACACUAGGAUGAAAAUAGCAGCUGGAGCUGCAAAGGGAUUGGAAUAUUUGCAUGACAAGGCAAAUCCGCCAGUGAUAUAUAGAGACUUAAAAUCGUCCAACAUCCUCCUAGACGAGGGUUAUCAUCCCAAGUUAUCAGAUUUUGGGCUGGCAAAACUUGGUCCAGUUGGUGACAAGACUCAUGUAUCCACACGAGUAAUGGGAACAUAUGGUUAUUGUGCCCCAGAAUAUGCUAUGACUGGUCAACUAACUCUGAAAUCUGAUGUCUAUAGUUUCGGUGUUGUCUUCCUUGAACUCAUUACUGGGCGCAAGGCUAUUGAUAAUACGCGUGCACAUGGAGAGCAUAAUCUUGUUGCAUGGGCACGGCCGCUUUUCAAAGACCGUAGGAAGUUCCCCAAAAUGGCUGACCCUCUACUUCAAGGCCGUUACCCGAUGCGAGGACUGUACCAAGCACUUGCAGUUGCUGCAAUGUGUCUGCAGGAACAAGCUGCUACAAGGCCUCUUAUUGGAGAUGUGGUGACUGCUCUCACAUAUCUGGCCUCACAGACAUACGAACCAAAUGCAGCCAAUCAAUCCAACAGGGUUGGCCCAUCAACCCCUAGGAUCAGGGAUGACAGAAGGAGCAUGGCAGACGGUGUGGACAGCCCUGACCGCCGGCUCGGCUCCCCUUCCACCCACAGAAACUCACCCGACUUCAGGAAGAGAGACAGCAGGGAUCCGAGUGCCGCGACCGAGUUAGGCAGGAUUGACAUCGGUGGGGGGUCAGGGAGAAAAUGGGGAUUGGAUGAUAAUGAAAGGCAGGAGUCCCAGAGAGACAGCCCUGUAAAUACUGCAAGAACCAGAGAGACUCCAUGGAACCGCGACCUGGACAGAGAGCGUGCGGUUGCAGAGGCAAAAGUGUGGGGCGAGAACUUGAGAGAGAAGAAGAAGGCAAACGCCAUGGGUAGCUUCGAUGCUACAAAUGACUGAACAGACUCAGGAACACCGAAGCAACUUGUUGUUCGCCUCUUGAAUCCAAUUAUGACUGUUCUCCCACGUCAUUCUGGUAGUUUGUUAGUCAUCAUCAUGUGAAGGAAAACAGUACACAGUUGAAAAAAAAAAUAGGGGUUGGGGGGGGGGGGGGGGAAAGUUAGUGUGAAUUGGGGUAUUUAAAAUGUAAUGAUGAUGAUGAUGGUGCAGAAUGUGAAUUCAAGAUCCAUCCAUGUCUAUGUACUAACGAUUUCUAGGUUCAUGUUGCAUAGAGCAGCAGCAGCAAAGGCGUCUAAUUUUUGGCCCCUCAUAUUUGCUUUGUAUGAUGGGGGGAGCUUAGUGGAUUUGGCGUUGGUGUCAUUGCUGUCACAUGUGUACUCGUACAGUAUCUGUUGUAUGUCUGAGUCUAUGUUUUCGGCUUAUACCAAAAAAAAAAAAAAAUAUUUUCCAUA